CGUUAACACAGAUCUCCAAAACAUAUGUCGGCAUUCACUCUGUUUAAACUCCAAAUUGACGUGAUUUACAGAUCGACAAAUCAGUCUAGAGAAUCCACAGCGGCUGUGGUAAGUUUGUUGCCAGGUGUCUCUGCACUACACGAACCAGAACCUCGAACCGGGACCAGCAGCAGAGCUCUGAACCGGGCAGACAGGAGAAGAUGAGCUUCUUAUUCGGGAAUCGUUCGUCUAAGACGUUUAAGCCGAAGAAGAAUAUUCCGGAAGGUUCUCAUCAGUAUGAGCUGCUCAAACACGCUGAAGCCACGCUGGGCAGUGGGAACCUGCGUAUGGCUGUCAUGCUUCCUGACGGAGAAGAUCUGAAUGAAUGGGUGGCUGUCAACACUGUGGAUUUCUUUAACCAGAUUAACAUGCUGUAUGGCACCAUCACAGACUUCUGCUCAGAGGACAGCUGCCCGGUCAUGUCUGCAGGACCAAAAUACGAGUAUCAUUGGGCAGAUGGGACCAACAUUAAGAAGCCUAUCAAGUGCUCUGCUCCCAAGUACAUUGACUAUCUGAUGACGUGGGUUCAAGACCAGCUGGAUGACGAGACCCUGUUUCCUUCUAAAAUAGGUGUUCCCUUCCCCAAGAACUUCAUGUCGGUGGCCAAGACUAUUCUGAAGCGUUUGUUCAGAGUUUAUGCCCAUAUAUAUCAUCAACACUUUGACGCAGUCAUGCAGCUUCAGGAGGAAGCUCACCUCAACACGUCUUUCAAACACUUCAUCUUCUUUGUACAGGAGUUUAACCUGAUCGACCGUAAGGAGCUGGUGCCUCUUCAAGAGCUCAUCGAGAAACUCACAACAAAAGACAGAUAAACUAAGAAAAGAAGUUAAGAAUGAAGAAAAACAUGAUCCUGCUCUCUCUUCUGACUCUCCCUUCUAUCUUUUGCUUUGUACAGAUGAUUUUAACCCCAGAGCACUGCUAGGCCAAGCGUAGUGAAAUUACAACACUAAUCAAACCUGUUCACCUGAUUUGAUGACAACAUGAUGUCUGGAUGAAAUAGUUACAUAUGAGUUUUAGUUUCUCAAGUCCUUCACAUUGUUUAGUUUGGUCACUGAAAGGGAGGGAUUUUAACCCAUGAGAAUUGAACCUUAGUACAGACUACAGCGUGUUAGCUUGGUGCCUGUGCCGUGUUAAAGCAGCGAAUGAGAGAUUCGCUCUCUUUGGCUAGUGUGAAUGUUUAAAAGUUGUUUGAUUCUUCAGUGCUGUAAUGCUGACAGCAAAAAGAUGGAGUUAAAUAGCUAUUUUCCUAUGCAAUAAUGAUCUUAUUUGUCUUUAUUAAUGUUAUUGGACAAAAUUGUUGUUUAGAGUUUUAUCGAGCUUGUUUGUUCAUCUGUGGAUUUAAUAUCGGUCAUUAUGAAGGUUAUUGAAUACCGAAAUAAGGAUUUUGCAUGCUGGAAUUGCUACUUUUAUCUGACCCAGAUGACCGAUGGGAAGUCGCUCGCCCUUAUUUGUAUCUUAUGCUGUGCGUCAGAGAAACAUAAAAUGUAUGAUAACAGCUCUGAGUGACUGAUAAGACGUUUGUUUUGCACAAGCCACAACUAUUGCAGUUUAAGUUCUGAAUUCAUACAACUCGGUUGCCAAACUUUGAUGCGUUUCAGUUGCAUGACACCCAUUUGAAAUAUACACAGAGUCAGUACAGUUUUGAAAUAUUCAGUGCGUUGAUGUAUUUAGCUUUAUGGUUUGGUCGUAUGAGUUGUGAGGGUUUGAUAUUGAGAAAUGUUCAGCAUUCACUUCUGAGGUGAAUGACUGGAAUUUUCUUCUCUACCUCCAUUUUAGCCCUUUUUACAUCUCUGUUCUGCUACUACCACUUCUAUAGUUGUGUUUAAAAUCCUUUUGUUAGUUUUAGAUUUGUUCCUUUUGACAUUUUGAAGUUGAAGAACUACGAAUGUAAUAGAUGGUUUGAACUAUGCCAUUGUGUAAAAGUGCCACCAGCUGAUUAAUAUUGGACAUAUAUGAAGUAUUUAUAGAGAGAUUUUUGUCACUGAAAUGAGAAUAUAUUUUCCCUGAAUUGUAAAAUAAUUAGGGUAGAUUAGAUAUGUAAAUAUGUGUAGAUUUCCUGAUAUUGUUGUACUUUACAUUAAUAAAACAGUACCACUAACUGAUGUUAUGCUAUUUUUGCUGUACAUAGAGCAAAUAAAACCCUUCUCUUGA